CGCAGCCGCAGAGCAUCUCAGCUCUGCCCGCUAGCCCAGGCGCUGCGCACUUGCCAGCCAGUCCGCCCGUCCGGAGCCCGGCUCGCUGGGGCAGCAUGGCGGGGUCGCCGCUGCUCCGCGGGCCGCGGGCCGGGGGCGCCGGCCUUUUGGUGCUGCUGCUGUUGGGCUGGCUUGGGCCACCUCCCGCGCUCUGCGCUCGGCCGGUAAAGGAACCGCGCAGCCUGGGCGCAGCCUCGCCGCCCUUGGCGGAGGCCGGUGCUCCCCGGCGUUUCCGGCGGGCAGCGCCCCGGGGAGAGGCGGCGGGGGCUGUGCAGGAGCUGGCGCGGGCGCUGGCGCACCUGCUGGAGGCCGAACGGCAGGAGCGGGCGCGGGCCGAGGCGCAGGAGGCCGAGGAUCAGCAGGCGCGCGUCCUGGCGCAGCUGCUGCGCGUCUGGAGCGCACCCCGCACCAACGACCCUUCCCUGGGCCUGGAAGAUGACCCCGACGCCCCCGCCGCGCAGCUCGCCCGCGCCCUGCUCCGUGCCCGCCUAGACCCCGCUGCCCUCGCAGCCCAGCUUGUUCCCGCCCCUGCCCCCGCCGCAGCGCUCAGACCCCGGCCCCCAGUCUACGACGACGGCCCCACGGGCCUGGAUGUGGAGGACGCCGGCGACGACGCGCCGGACGUGGACCCCGAGCUGCUGAGGUAUUUGUUGGGGCGGAUCCUCGCGGGAAGCGCGGACUCCGAGGCUGUGACUGCCCCGCGUCGCCUCCGCCGUGCCGCGGACCAGGAUCUGGGUCCUGAGGUGCCCCCUGAGGGCGUGCUGGGGGCUCUGCUGCGCGUAAAGCGCCUGGAGACCCCCGCACCCCAGGCGCCCGCGCGCCGCCUCUUGCCCUGAGCACCACCUGGAUCCUGCGCACCCUCCCGCCCAGGACCGCCCGACCCCUGACACCCCGACUGCUCCUCCCGCACGUCGAGAGCGGCUUAUCCCGCCAGCCACUGUUGCUGCCCUCGAACCCCAAGAUCCCCAUCCCCACAAUAAAUAUGAUCUGAAGCA